GUGGCGGCGAUGAUGGUUUCAGUCUCGGGGCACGAUUAUGGAGAUGCACUGAGCAAAAGCAUUCUCUUCUUCGAAGGCCAGAGAUCAGGCAAGUUGCCUCCUUCCCAGAGAUUGACUUGGAGGAAGGAUUCUGGUCUUCGCGAUGGUUUCGACAAGCACAUUGAUUUGGUGGGCGGUUACUACGACGCAGGCGACAACGUCAAGUUCAACUUCCCCAUGGCAUUUUCCACCACAAUGCUCGCUUGGAGCGUAAUUGAGUUCGGGAGGGGAAUGGGCCCAGAUCUCCGAAAAGCGGUCGACGCGGUCCGCUGGGCCACUGACUACUUCCUCAAGGCCACGAGCGUGCCAGGGCUCGUGUAUGCACAAGUCGGCGAACCUUACGGUGACCACGAGUGCUGGGAGAGGCCCGAGGACAUGGACACCGCUCGAACCGCUUAUGCUGUGAGUGCACAGUCACCUGGCUCGGAAGUUUCGGCCGAGAUCGCUGCUGCUUUGGCCGCUGCUUCCUUGGUGUUUAAGGGGGUUAAUCAUAACUAUUCGGACCUGCUCCUGAGUCGAGCUAAAACGGUGUUUGAGUUUGCGGAUAAGUAUAGGGGGUCGUACAAUUACAGUCUUGGAUCAGUGGUGUGCCCAUUCUACUGUAAUUUCGGCGGUUAUGAGGACGAUUUGAUUUGGGCAGCAGCAUGGUUAUUCAGAGCAACCGCAGCACCUAAUUACUGGAAUUAUGUUACGGAAAACAUACCUACUGAAGGCGGUAACUUUGCCGAGUUUGGGUGGGACACGAAGGAUGCCGGUAUCAAUGUCCUCGCUUCCAAGCAGAUUCUCACGAAAGACAGCAAAUAUACUGAUAUCUUCAAGCUCAAUGCUGACAAGUUUGUGUGCUCGAUUUUGCCUGAAUCACCGACCAAAUACGUUAGCUACUCCCCUGGGGGACUCCUAUUCAAACCAGGAGGGAGCAACUUGCAGCACGCCACGGCUCUGUCCUUUCUUCUUAUCGUAUAUGCCAACUCCCUGAACCGCGCCAACCGGGUCGUUCAAUGCGGCAGUGUACAGGCCACUUCAGACAGGCUCAUUCAAGUAGCUAGAGCCCAGGCGGACUAUAUAUUAGGAAGCAACCCGAUGAAAAUGUCGUACAUGGUGGGAUACGGCGGGAAAUUCCCUCAAAGGAUCCAUCACAGAGGCUCUUCCUUGCCGUCCCUAGAUCAACACCCGCAGCAUAUCGGUUGCAAGGACGGGACGCCGUACUUCAAGAGCAGCGGCCCGAAUCCGAACCAGCUGACUGGGGCCGUCGUUGGGGGGCCCGACAUCCAGGAUCAGUACAACGACUCUAGAGUCGAGUUUGUGCACUCGGAGCCGACCACGUAUAUCAAUGCUCCUCUUGUUGGUGUCCUGGCUUUCUUGAAAGGGCGUCCAAAUCCAUAA